AUGAUGAUGACGUGCCGUCUGCUGUGCGCCCUGUUGGUGCUCGCCCUGUGCUGCUGCCCGUCUGUGUGGGUGAUAGCGGGCGAAGAGGGCACAGUUAGUGGUUCGACUCCAAAUCCCACUACGCCAAAGGAGCCGGUUGUAGAAGGUCCGGGGACCGAGGCAGCGCCGGAAUCAGGCGCGCCAACGUUAACGGAUGCUGCGGAAACGGAACAACCAACAGGUAAUUUGAAACCCACGCCGGGGGUAGCAAGCGGGACCGCUUCAGAAGGGCUGCAACUUGCGUCCAAUGCGGGAGGGUUAAAAAAUACGAUGGGCGAUGCAGAUACAAGAAAUACAGAAACCGCUACGGCACCGACCCCGGGGAGUGCGCCGAGUCCGCUGGAGGAGACGACGGAUUUUAAAAAAGCCGGUACUGAAAUAAAACCAAAUACGACUACCAAUACACCAAAGGUGCCAACAACAACGACAACCACCACUGCGCCAGAGGCAACAACCACGACCACGACAACCGCUGCGCCAACCACGACGACCACUCGCGCACCGUCACGUCUUCGCGAAAUCGACGGCAGCCUCAGCAGCUCUGCGUGGGUGUGUGCCCCGCUGGUGCUCGUCGUAUCCGCGCUGGCGUACGCCACUCUGGGCUGA